AUCAGGUUGCCCCUGCGUUAUACAAUAUAAAAGGCUCGGUGGUUCUCACCACCGGCAAUAAUCGCACCAUGGACACCGUCAGGAUCCCUCUGCUCCUUGCUCUGCUCUUCGCCGUAGCAGCCGUCAACGCAAGUUCGAUCGGCCUGGGCGGCACCAGUACGGGUCUCUCGACCGGUCAGGGUUACAACACUCACAAUCAGGGUCACAGCACCGGACACUCCGCAGGACAAAGCGGACAGCACUCCAGCGGACACAAUUUAGGCCACAGCACUGGCCACUCGACCUCCCAGAGAGAGACUAGCAUCAACCACCGAGAGAGCCAGAGUUCAGGCCACCAGGCAGGUCACAGCACCGGACACCAAGCAGGUCAAAGUUCGGGUCAUCAGGCAGGCCACAGCACCGGUCACUCGUCUGGAAGUGGAGGCUAUGGCCACCAGCAGCAGGGAACCAGCUCUCAUCUCGGUUAAAAAAAUAAAUAAAUAAAUAAAAAUGAGAAAAGAUUAAUUGCUUUUAAAAUGUUUGCACACAGGGCGUUGAAAAAUAAAUAAAGAAGAAAUUAA